ACAAACUUCAAUCCCACACCAUCAAUAUUCAGUCCGACAUUUUCGAAGAUAAAAGCACUCUAAAAAUAGUAAUUCACAAACCCUACUUCUCUUCUCCCUCCCUUCUAUCGAUCUCUCCAAUUCAUUUUCACUACAAAAUCAGCUGCUCUGGGAUCAGAUCCCUACUCUCAACUCUCUACUUACUAUCCCUAGUUCAUGCACUGAGUGGUGCAACACAAAGUGUAGAAUCGGAUACAUUUACAAGUUUCAAAGGUGGAUCGAAGGCAUGGAAAGCGGCCGCUGCCAGCGGAAGCAUCAUCGGAGAGACAAUCACAUGAUGAUGAACAUCAAGAUCGUGAUUUUGAUGGUGAUUAUGCAUUUUCUUGGCCAGCUGAAACAGACAUGCCUGCAAUGGUUUCAGCUCUUACUCAAGUUAUGGAAACAAACACAGGUACCAAUCAGCACAGUAAUCCGACUCAGGAUCAUGUGAAAGAGGAACAACCGGCUCAAGAUCAAGAGAAUCCAAGGAGAAGACACUAUAGAGGAGUAAGACAAAGGCCUUGGGGGAAAUGGGCAGCAGAAAUAAGAGAUCCAAAGAAGGCAGCCAGAGUUUGGCUUGGCACAUUUGACACUGCUGAGGAUGCAGCCCUUGCAUAUGACAAAGCAGCUCUCAAGUUCAAAGGCAACAAAGCCAAGCUCAAUUUCCCUGAACGAGUCAUCCAUGGCCACACCACCGAGCUCGGCUACUCUAUGAUGACUACUAGUACUCUUGCUGGAAAUUCAUCAAACACUACCAGCAUUUCUUCUACUACCACUCUCCCUCAACAACAAAGUAGUUACAUUCCAAGCCAUGAGUCCUCCACAUUCACCUCACACAAUCCUUAUCCUCACUUGUUUCAAUACGCCCAAAUUCUCUCAAGUGAUGAUUCCAAUCUCCCUUACUACACUUCCAAUCUAUUUAAUCAACCCCAUGAUCAAUUUUCUCCUCAACAUUUUUCAUCUUCAACUUCAUCAAUGCCUUAUUCUACAAAUGUUGUUUCAAAUCAACAACAACAACAUGAUCAUGAUCAAGGGUUGCAAAGCUCCUUCUCCUCAAGUAUGGGAAGCUCUACAACUAGUUCUUAUCAUCAACAAGAACAUGGAAGUGGUUACUUUGGUUACUUUCAUCAUGGUAAUAACCCUGGAGAGUAGCUAUUUAUGUUAUAUUAUGGAAGUGGUAGUGAUGAGUGUACUAUUAUAAUGAGACAACCACCACACUUGAAGAGCUUCGAAGUAUUUUUUUUUUCUUUUGGUAUUGGAAAGCUAUCUUUACUUUUAUGUUUGUUGUUUGUCCCCACAUGGCAAGAGGGUUUUGGGUUCAAUGUAUAAUGUCAUUCUCAUUCCAAUCCAAACUUUUAUAUAUUUUUUGUGAAGUCAUCUAUUAUGUAUUUGUGGACAUCCCUAUCAAUAUUGAAAGACUUGCAUUUAUAUAUUA